CCCGGCAUCGUCGCUGCCCGAAGUCUUAUGUCACUGAGCGAGACGAUCUCCCUUCGACCUUCUUGGCGUCGCUCGUCCGACGGAGAUAUGUUUCUCCCCGCCGAGCCGAGGCAUCGCGUCGGCAGGGGAAAGUCACGUUCGCCGGCCCGCGGUCGCUGGUCGGUGUGCACUGGUUUGGAGGAGGGGAUGUUGGUUUCCUUGCUUCUUUCCAGCUUCUUCAUCUGGCUGUGUUUUCUCGAUUUGUCGUGAGUGUGUUUGAAGUCUCUCCUCACUCGAUAUCAGCGCUAUUCUUGACUCUGUCGUCCCGUUUACUCCCUAUUUCCCCGCGCGUUUCCCCCGCCUUUUCCAUAGUACUACUUUGUUAUCAAGCAACCAUGGCGUCCAUGCCAGAGGGCGCACCGGAGCCAAUUCAGGCAGACCUCAAGGCGAUCGAAGCCAAGGCGGUUAACCAGACGCUCGCUCAGAUCCGAUCCUUCGCAGCUGGGGGCAUUGGUGGCAUCUGCGCAGUGGUUGUUGGCCAUCCGUUCGAUCUGGUCAAGGUGCGAAUGCAAACGGCAGAGAAGGGGGUAUACAGCGGUGCAAUCGAUGUGGUGAAGAAGACAAUUGCCCGUGAAGGGUUGGCUAGGGGGUUGUAUGCCGGUGUAUCGGCGCCUUUGGUCGGAGUGACACCUAUGUUUGCUGUGAGCUUCUGGGGCUAUGAUGUGGGCAAAACGCUGGUUAGCCAGUUCUCCACUGUACCAGUCCACCAUAACACACCGAAAUACUCGAUCGGUCAGAUCUCUGCUGCGGGUUUCUUCUCGGCCAUUCCGAUGACCCUCAUCACCGCUCCCUUCGAACGCGUCAAGGUUCUCCUACAAAUCCAGGGGCAGAACCCUCCGCCACCCGGCCAGAAGCCCAAGUACUCCGGCGGGGUCGAUGUCGUCCGGCAGCUCUACAAGGAAGGUGGUAUUCGCAGUGUAUUUCGUGGUAGCGCCAUGACUCUCGCCCGAGACGGGCCUGGAUCUGCCGCAUAUUUCGCCGCGUACGAAUAUAUCAAGCGCCGGUUGACGCCCAAGGACGAGAAUGGCAACGUGACGGGCGAACUGUCUCUGACGGCUGUCUUAACGGCCGGUGGUGGCGCUGGGAUUGCGAUGUGGAUUCCUGUCUUCCCCGUCGACACCGUCAAGUCGCGGUUGCAGAGUGCUGCUGGAAAUCCCACUAUCGGAGGCACCAUUCGUUCGAUCUACAGCAGUGGUGGUUUUAAGGCGUUUUUCCCCGGGUUCGGACCUGCUCUAGCCAGAGCUGUCCCUGCUAACGCUGCCACUUUCUUGGGUGUCGAAUUGGCCCACAAAUUUAUGACGAAGCUCUUCGACUGAAGCGUACGAAUGAUGAGCAAGGUGAAUUUUUAAGGAGUUGCAAUGGGUAAUGCAAGGUGGAUAUAUAAAUACUCCCUGAUAGACAGACUACUGUUUCUCCACGUUUCAUUGCUUUUUUGUCCGCAAUGGCAGGUUGGAUAUCCCUUUCGGCUAGACUUUUGAACUUACUGUUCCCCAAACCUCCAUAUUCAAUGGCGUUUCUGUCUUUCAUUCUAUACCUAUAGCACUACUUACUGGUUUCAAGAAAAAAUGGAUUUAGCCUCAAGUGUCGUU